AUGCCACAGAGAUCAUGCAUGCCUACCUGGGCAGUGGACUGGAGGUCCUGUCUGACAAAGGUGGCCGGGAGGAGUUUCGCUGCGAUAUCCUCGAGACGCCCACUAUGUUCGAUGGAGUGUGCGAGGUCUCCGCAGGAACUCCUGCAGGAUACUACAACUUCACCUAUGUCCUCCAAGAUGCCAAGACCGGCGAGGGCUAUGGCAGGAAUAGUUGGGAGGCCCGUUGCAGCACGAGGACUUCCCCUGCAGUGCUGCUCUAGAAUCCGAAUGAUUCUCAUCACUGAUAGCAUCCUAGAGCCAUUGUUCUAA